AUGGUACGAAUGGAUGGCGUUCUUGUCCUUGUAGUUGGGCAAGCGCAGCACCAGAUGAUGAAUAACACAACCGGCUUGGCACUGGUUGGCAGCCGGGAGGAGUUACCGGCGCAUCGAGCUCUAACGGGCUGCGUCCUGGCGCUGCUUAUCAUUUGGACGCUUUUGGGCAACUUUACGGUGUGCGCAGCCGUUUUUCGCUACCGGCACCUGCGCGCCAAAGUAACCAACAUCUUCAUCGUGUCCCUGGCUCUGUCGGACCUCCUGGUCGCCGUACUGGUGAUGCCGUGGAAAGCUGUGGCUGAGGUGGCGGGUUUCUGGCCGUUUGGAGGGUACUGCGAGACCUGGCUGGCCUGCGACAUCAUGUGCUCCACGGCCUCCAUCCUCAACCUGUGCGUCAUUAGUGUGGACCGAUACUGGGCCAUCUCCAGCCCUUUCCGCUAUGAGAGGAGUAUGAACAAGAAGGUGGCCUCUGUUAUGAUCGGCGUGACCUGGACAGUCUCCGUGGUCAUCUCCUUCGUUCCCGUGCAGUUGAACUGGCACCGGGCGGAGAUCGGUGAUCCGGCUGUGGAGGAUUUGGCACUUCACGGUAAGAGUGUCGAUGGGAGCUGCGACUCCAGCCUGAGCCGCACGUACGCCAUCUCCUCCUCCCUCAUCAGCUUCUACAUCCCUGUGGCCAUCAUGAUUGUCACGUACACCCGCAUCUACCAGAUAGCCCAGAUGCAGAUCCGGAUGAUAUCCUCCUUGGAGCGGGCGGCGGAGCACGCGCAGAGUUGCCGCUCGGACGCACAUGAACAGUUCCCUCACCUGUGUACGGAAAUCAGUGCCAACUCUUAUACGUCUCAUAUCCGUCUUAAUCCUGAGCGCUCUAAUCGGGAGCUCAAAGUCUCCAUCAGGAAAGAGACGAAAGUCCUCAAAACUCUGAGCAUCAUCAUGGGUGUAUUUGUCUGCUGCUGGUUGCCGUUCUUCGUCCUGAACUGCGCUCUGCCCUUCUGUCCCGGACCAGAGGCCACAGGGGCACAGAGGGGCCCUUACUGUGUCAGUGAAAAAACCUUCGACGUCUUCGUGUGGAUCGGCUGGAGCAAUUCGUCCCUCAACCCGGUUAUCUAUGCGCUCAACGCGGACUUCAGAGACGCCUUCCUGCGCCUGCUGCGCUGCCGCGGACGACGCUGCUGCGCCGCGGUGAGUGCCGCGGUGGAGACCGUGAUGGCGAGCAACGAGGCCGGACACCUGAAGCAGGAGAGCCCGCUGAAGGCGAAGCUGAGCGUCUCCUGUGCCCGGAAGACUGGGGGCAGUGAGGACAGCGGGAACACAACGGUGACCGUGUUGUAUCACAGAGGGACAACCUCGGAGCCGGUGACGGACACCGAGGAAAGUAACGACAGAGACAGACUGACGCAGAUUCCAAUAUAAGUGACAACAAUGAUGAAAUCCCAUGUGCAGGGUCAGGGAGCAGGCAGGCAAAGAAGUUAGAGAGUUUGCACAUCCAACCCCAGAUGUAGUACAGGGGCAGGGGGAAAAAAAGAACCAAAGUCAGUCAAACAUCCAUGUGAACAAAAAGAAGCCUACAUCUAAAAAUGACAUCGUCACAUGACACAAAAUUACACCUAUUAUUCAUGUUUUUAUUCAAUUUUUUGUAAUUUUCUCCUUUCUUUAGUAGUAAAUUGUAUUUUCAUUGUAAAUUUUGGGGGAUGAUUGUGGAGUUUAUAUCUUUAUUUUUGUUCACAUGGAUGUUUACCCAACAAAGACUUUGUAGGCUGAAAUGUUACAUUGUGAAACUGAAUGUGAGGACUACCUCUCCUUUUCCUUAUCAGGACAAAUAUAGACCGGUCCAGAUGUGGGUAAAUAAAGUGAGCCCACAACAAGAUUAAGACUUCAAUUGACUGUGUUUUUACAAUGAUAUAGUUUAAUCAGGUAAUCAAAAUACAGCCAUAAAUAACUAACAAGGCAGACACCUGAUGGUCAGAGUCUUAAAUGAAGCUGACACUAAUUUAUUGUUCAGUCUCAGUGUUAGAUUAAAAUUUGUAGUUGUACAAGGAUCAUAAACCAUUAAAUUAACAUUGCUGAAGUGAAUUUCAAGAGAAUCCUCAGAUGAAACAUAACAGCAAACAAAAUAUCUCACCCGUUUUACUUGAAAAACACUAACAUUUAGAUUUACCAGUGAAGAUGGACAUUUUUGCCGUGAGCCUUCCACUCAAGCCACCAUGGACACAGAGUUACCACAGGUCAGGAUUUCUCUGAAUCUCUAGAAAUGGGAUUAUGUAACUCACUCACAUUAGCACCCGUCAGCUGUGCAUCUUGGUGAAUGCACGGUGCACUCUGUUUCCCCCCUCUCUCUCCUGAAAGAAACAAACAUGAAUAAUUUGUAAAGGUUGUUCCUGUGAAAGAUGCCCUGACCAGUGAGAACACAGAAGCUUUUACAGUGACAAGCCACAAAAACACAAGAUUAUUGUCCAUGCAGUGAGGCCGAGGCAGGAACAGAGACUACACAAUUAUAGCUGGAGGUCCGCAGUCUCAUAUGCUUAUGCUCUGUGAUGAACUUUGUGCAGAUUAACAUCUGUUCGUUUUUGUUUAAUGAGACUUCCUUGUUGGUGUUAAAUAUGAACGCGUGUGUUACAACCUCAAGCAGCCACAAGCCUUAAUGGAGCCAACAAGGAUUAUGAUUCCAUCCGGAGCGGCACAUAUUUUGUUGAUGGUUGUGAUUACAUUACUGUUACACGAUUUUAAAAAAAAAUUCUUUUGGGGGAAAAAAAAAUAUUUUUUUAUGCUGAGAGUUAUAUGAGAGGAUUGAUGCCACUCUCAUCUGUCCGGUUAAGUAGGCCUUGUAUGUAGCUAAAGCCAACAGCAGGUUAGCUUAUAGCUUGGCACAAAGAGUAGAAACAGAGCCCACCAGCUAGCAUGCUUCUAGGUAGCUGUAGCUUCACAUUUAAAGCAAUAAUUUCACAUUAUUGUUGUAUGAUUACCUUUGUGUUCAUCUAUGUUUUGAACCCGCCUCCUGACAGGGUUGAAUGAACUAAUCAGCCUGUUUAACACGCAGUUGGCUACAGUACGUGUCGACCAUAGCACCCUUCUCUGCAUAGGUUCACAAAGAUGUUUACAUGUAUCAAGAUGCAUAAUUCCAACUAUAGAUGUGAGAACUGUAAGUUAAUUAUGAAGCAGCAGUUAGCUUUGCUGAACAUAGAGAAGGGAAACAGGGAAAAGUGGCCAUCCUGUUUCUGUAUGAAGGUAACAAAAUCUGUCUAUAAGCAUCUCUACAGUUCACUAAUUACAUGUGAUACCUUGUUUCUUUAAUUAAAACAAAAGCCGAAGUAUCACAGUGUACUGUGUUACGAAGGGUUUCGUGCCAGACUAUUUUUUGAGCAGUUACCAGCCAAUCAGCAGAGACUCUAGGAGGUUAGUGUUACUGAGAAAUAGUAAGAUGGCGAGUUGAUGCAAUAAGUGAGCUGUAGAGUUGCUUGUAAGUGUUUUUUUUUUACCCUAUUGAGGGAGUUAAGGCUAGGACAUACUUUACACAUUCCAUGUCCGCAGACAGACUUUUCCCCCGUUUCUAGUCUUGAUGCUAAUUUAACUGGCUUCUGACUCCAGCUACAUAUUUACUGUAAAGACUUGAGAGUGGUAUGGAUCUUCUAAUUGAAUCUCUGCAAGAAAGUGAAGUAUUUCCUAAAAACUCUUCAUUUUAAGUACACCACAUAUUAUGGAUUAGUGCAACAACUGCAGUAAUAGACAAUCCUAAUUUACAAAUUCACUGAAAAUGUAUGCAGUUAACACUUGUAUUAUCUCUGUUAGGCACCAAUGAUAACAUAUUCGUGUCUGUGUUUAUUCUGAUGUGCAGGAGUGAGAAAACACAGAGAUGGUGCGGUGUACUGUGUAAUUGUUUCCAGAGGGGAGGUGUGUGCAUCCUUAUGGUGUUCGCUGUGUAAUGGGCUUGUAACCUACAUAGGACAUCUAUCAGCUGUAGGCAUCUCCAGCUGUAUGUAAGAACAGUCACCAUACCAAAGACGAUUAAUAAAACAGAGGUUGAAUACAUUUUUAAAACUGUGUCUCCCAUUUACAGUGGUUGCAUGUAGGUUACUGAGUGAGAAAAGUCAUUACAGGCCUGACUGGAGUCCAGUACAGAGAGAAGUAUGUGGAGUCUUUUCUCUGAAGAAUGAUAAAGUGAUUACAUCUAUUAAUAUUGA